AUUUGGAAAGAAAAUCUUUUAGGCCGGGCGCGGUGGCUCACGCCUGUAAUCCCAGCACUUUGAGAGGCCGAGGCGGGCGGAUCACGAGGUCAGGAGUUCAAGACCAGCCUGGCCAACAUGGUGAAACCCCGUCUCUACUAAAAAUACAAAAAUUAGCUGGGCAUGGUGGCACGUGCCAGUAAUCCCAGCUGCUUGGGAGGCUGAGGCAGGAGAAUUGUUUGAACCAGGACCCGGGAGGCGGAGGUUGCAGUGAGCCAAGAUCACAUUACUGCACUCCAGCCUGGGCUCAGAAAAAGACUCGGUCUCAAAAAGCAAAAAAAAAAAAAAAAAAAAAGAGAGAAGAAGAAAAUGUUUGUUCAUCCUGCCUUUAAUUCCUUAUUACAAGGCGUGAAUUUUUAUUGUUUUUUUUGAGACAGUCUAGCUCUGUCGCCCGGGCUGGAGUGCAGUGGCGCCAUCACAGCUCGGUGCAACCUCGACCUCCCGGGCUCUCAAGUAGCUGGGACUGCAAGCGCCACCACGGCGCCCGGCUUUUUUUUUUUUUUUUGGUAGAGAAUAGGUCUUGCUGUGUUGCCCAUGCUGGUCUUGAACUCCUGGGCUCAAGCGACCCACCGCCUUGGCCUCCCACGGUGCUGGGAUGACAGGCAUCAGCAGCGUUGAAGCCUGUGAGGUGGGGUCCCUGUGGCUGACUCUGCCCUCUGCUGUGACCAUUGGCAGUGCAGGGGUCCUUGUGUGUGGAGGGAAUAAGGAGAUGAUCAAAGUAUGAUUCCACGAAUCACAGGGUUUAUUGUCAAAGACAAUUUGUUCUCGGGUUCACAGUGCUCAGAGGGGAGGAGGUGAAGACACCUGGCAGGGAAGCAGGGCCUCCAUGGAUGGGGUGCAUUCACCGCAGGGAGGCGAGUGCCAGAAUGGCCAGAGUCCAGUUGCUCUGCUGGGAUGGAGCGGGCCCCUGGAAGGUGAGAUCUGGUUAGAGUUCGAGGUGUGCCUUAGUAGCAGUGGAGAGCAUGAGAGCGGGAGCUCUCUGAGAAGCUGGGACCGAGGACCAGCUCCCAGGCCAGCAGGGUAUAGCUUGCCUCAAAGCAUCUGCCCAGCCUUCAAGUUGAUUUGUAUUUUUGCAGUCCAGCAGUCAGGGUCAGUAACUCACAUAAGGGAGUGUCUGAUAAGGUUUAAGUGGCAUUCCCAAGGUUGCGGAGUUCACUUGAGUCCUCACAUAUGUGGUCUGAUAAGACAUCACACUUUUGCAGGGGGGUCAGGUCACCCCAAAACAUGAGACUAUGUGAGUGCUCUGAAUCACUUCAAAGCUACACAGCAGGUCCCAGGGCCCGAGGCAGAGGAGUGAGUCCACCUGGGAAGGCUCAGAGUAGCUCCAGGCAGUAACCACGGCAUUUCCAGGGUCUGAAUUUCCGGAGUCUGGCGUGUGAGCCUGACAGCUCUGGUGUGACCACCCGUACUCACCUAGCAGCACGUGACAUCAGCUGUCCCCCUGAAGUCAUUGCUCAGCUCGGGUGCUGCAGGAAGACACACAAUGUCUUGGGCCAGCCCCUUGCCUGCUGUGGGCUGCUCCCUGUGUGUGGCCUUCACCUCGGUGUAGAGCGAUGGGCUGGUCACACCCUUGCCCCUCACAGCAGUGAGGGGACAGAGGCAUGUGCUGGGCUGUCUGUGGAGCUCCCGGGCCAGUGUCUGGGAUGUGGCAGGUGUUUGGUGUUAAAGGGAAAAUAUUCCAGGAUACUUGUGAAAGCACGUUAGGCAGACCGUGGUUUCAUUCAGAAACUUUGAGAGGUGUUGGAACCACCACAGCGGGGUCUUGGAGUGGGAGAGAGGCUGGGCUCAGCUCUGAACAGGCCAUGGGCUGGCGGCGGCUUAUAGCUCCAGAGCUGGGCGAGGGCAGAGGGUGGAAGGUUGCUAAGAGGAACCCCCAGGGGUGAAGGGGAUGCGGGUUAAACUGACCUGCCAGGAGAUCAGGCCGCCCUGGGGACAGUGGAAGAUGAGGAGCCUCAUCAGCUGUCAAGGGUGAUGGGACACGGGAGGAGGUCCUCGCUAAACCGACUUUGAGCCGGGCCUGUUAAACCAAGUUCUCACCAGCAUCUGCACAGAGGGCCCCGGAGGAGCCUCAGGAGCCGGACUGCCAUUGGCCAGGCAGUGAGUCUGUUAUCCAUCAGUGGGCACUCUGCUUCCAGGUGCCUUGGCCCACGUCCUGAAGAGUCCCCAGGGAGACACUUAAGGGAAAUUAAACUGCAGAGUGCAAGAGAUGCCUCAGUCAAGUCAGCCAAAAACGCGCGGGUCAUCCCCGAGCCCCAGAGAGAUGUAGCUAGACAGCCUUCCCUCUACAGUGAAGUCAACUCCACCCUCAGUGACAGAGCCCGAUGACACGGACACCUCGGCUGCUGUCACUUCCCUGGUUCAGGCCUCCCACAGGCUUUGAACUGAAGGCGAGUGCCUCAGAAUUUGCAUCUAUUGUUCUGUCUUUCCUGGGAAGUUAUUCAUCCUGGUGGCCAGCCCACCAACAAAAUGGAUUUGGAUCUACUGGACCUGAAUCCCAGAAUUAUUGCUGCAAUUAAGAAAGCCAAACUGAAAUCGGUAAAGGAGGUUUUACGCUUUUCUGGACCAGACUUGAAGAGACUGACCAACCUCUCCAGCCCCGAGGUCUGGCACUUGCUGAGAACGGCAUCCUUACACCUGCGGGGAAGCAGCAUCGUUACAGCACUGCAGCUGCACCAGCAGAAGCAGCGGUUCCCCGCGCAGCACCAGCGCCUGAGCCUCGGCUGCCCGGUGCUGGACGCGCUCCUCCGCGGUGGCCUACCCCUGGACGGCAUCACUGAGCUGGCCGGAUGCAGCUCGGCAGGGAAGACCCAGCUGGCGCUGCAGCUCUGCCUGGCUGUGCAGUUCCCGCGGCAGCACGGAGGCCUGGAGGCUGGAGCCGUCUACAUCUGCACGGAAGACGCCUUCCCGCACAAGCGCCUGCAGCAGCUCAUGGCCCAGCAGCCGCGGCUGCGCACUGACGUUCCAGGAGAGCUGCUUCAGAAGCUCCAAUUUGGCAGCCAGAUCUUCAUCGAGCACGUGGCUGAUGUGGACACCUUGUUGGAGUGUGUGAAUAAGAAGGUCCCCGUACUGCUGUCUCGGGGCAUGGCUCGCCUGGUGGUCAUCGACUCGGUGGCAGCCCCAUUCCGCUGUGAAUUUGACAGCCAGGCCUCCGCCCCCAGGGCCAGGCGUCUGCAGUCCCUGGGGGCCGCGCUGCGUGAGCUGAGCAGUGCCUUCCAGAGCCCUGUGCUGUGCAUCAACCAGGUGACAGAGGCCAUGGAGGAGCAGGGCGCAGCACACGGGCCGCUGGGGUUCUGGGACGAGCGUGUUUCCCCAGCCCUUGGCAUAACCUGGGCUAACCAGCUCCUGGUGAGACUGCUGGCUGACCGGCUCCGUGAGGAAGAGGCAGCCCUCGGCUGCCCAGCCCGGACCCUGCGGGUGCUCUCUGCCCCCCACCUGCCCCCCUCCUCCUGUUCCUACACGAUCAGUGCAGAAGGGGUGCGAGGGACACCUGGGACCCAGUCCCACUGACACGGUGGCGGCUGCACAACAGCCCUGCCUGAGAAGCUCUGACACACGGGGCUCCAGCCUUUAAAAUGCUGUCUGCCUUGGCCGUGGUACAGCUGGGAGCCUGGUUCAGACACAGCUCUUCCAGGGCAGCGACUCCACUUCCUCAUCCGAAGACGGUGGCCACAGACUGACCCCCACCUGCGCUGGGGGGCUGUUCCGCCUCUCCCUAGGUCUGGGGACAGGCCCCCUUGCUGAGUACCUGGUCCCCACUGCUGAGCUGGUCCUUGGGGACAGGAGAUUCCCAGGGCUGGAGCCUGGGGUGUCCUACAGUGACUCCCUGGGAGCCCCCUGCUUCUUCUCUCCACAUGGAAGCCCACCUGGGGUCGCAUCUGAGGCCUGCCCCCUAGGCUGGGGCCUCAGACUCCCUCAGCCUUGGGACCGUGCCCACGAGGGUCUCCCCUCCUGCACACAGGGCAGUCCUUACCCCCCUCCCCACUCAGGCCAUAGCGGGGCUGCAGGCAGGAGGUUCCUCCUCACCCACCUCUGGGUCCUUGGCUCCCGGGAGCCCCACCCCGGCACACACUGUGCCCCACAAAACUUCAGUAUGGUACAAGGUGGAGAAAGCAUAUCCCACCGACCUCCAGUUCCAGGGUCCAGGAGAACCUGGGGGUGGGGGGGCUGCCUUGUCUCUAGUAGUGUGGCCUGUGCCACCGCCACAGCCGGUCAGAGGAGCACAGGCAGUGCAGGGCUGGCACAUGACAGGCUCGUCAGCCACCUGGGAACACAGUUCUGGGCAAAGAGGAUCCCAGUUUGAGAGGAAAGAGAGUCCUGGUGUAUCCUGGCCCUGGGGCUCUGGGCGCCCAGCUCAGCCCUGGCCUGGCUGCAUGGCACUCUGGUAGGGAUAUGGCAGGACUCCUGGCAGGGCCACCUGUAGACCCAGUCCCACACUAUGGCCAGGCCUUACAUCUGGCCGGAAAGCAGAGCCUCCUGGGAACACAUCUGGCUGCAGAUGCUGAAAUAUCCACCCAGCAGUCAAAGUGGCAUGGCCUCCCCAUGGGCAGAGUGGUGACCCCCUUGAUUCCCACCGUACAACCCCCUCCACCCCCCCACCCAGUGCCUCCAGGCGCUGCCUGGCACAGACUAGGCCUUUGACAAAUAAAUGUUCAAUGGAUGCA